AUGCCACUCACUUCGACGGACAGGCAAUUGGUCCGCCAACUUCUGAAACUAUCCCGGUUCGACAGAUACAACCCUCUCUUUACAACCUUUGCUGGAGUGUGGUCCACGUUGCUGGCCGGAGGUGCCAGAAUCGCCGAGCACCGCGCGAACACGUCUGCUGCCUUUGUAUUCCAACAAUGCGCAUUAGUCUUUGUUGCUGCGUACCUGUUCUGUGGCGCAGGCAUGGUUUGGAACGAUUGGAUUGAUCGUGACAUCGAUGCCCACGUAGCCCGAACAAAGGAACGUCCAUUGGCAUCAGGAAAAGUCACUACCACGGAAGCCAUGUGGUGGAUGAUGCUGCAGGUGGCCAUGUGCUGGGGCGUGCUUGAUGUGAUGUUGGACAGCAAGGACGUAUUGAAACAUAUGAUACCCGUCGCCCUAGCCUCCAUUCUGUACCCGUUCGGGAAACGACCGUUGGCUCGAAAGCUGCGCAUCUACCCGCAAUACAUAUUGGCAUUCACUAUCGCUUGGCCCGCAGUAAUAGGGCGCGCCGCCAUUUAUGGCCAGUACGAAUCUUUCGCCGAGAGCGUUCGUCACUGCCUUCCACUCUGCACUAUGGUCUACUUCUGGACCAUCUAUCUCAACACAGCAUACAGUUACCAGGACGUGGUCGACGAUCGGAAGCUGGGUGUAAACUCUUUCUACAACAUUGCAGGAAAACACAUUCACCUGUUGCUUAUCGCCCUCGUCACUCCCAUUCUAGUAUGCCUGCCCAUUUACCUCAUCGAGUUGCACUCUAUCUGGCUGUGGGUAAGUUGGAUGGGGGUUUGGACCGCAUCCUUGGUGCUGCAACUGGUUCAGUUUGACCCGAAGCAGCCUGCCAGCGGCGGAUCAGUCCACAAGAGCAACUUCGUUUUGGGCAUCUGGACGAUCCUUGCGUGCGUGGUCCAGGUUUUCCUCACAAGCAACAUGUGA